GUCGAGCGGAGCGGUGUACUGUGAUUGUAUGCGUGUUGUGGUGUUGGUGAGCCGUAAAAUAACCCCACAAGCAGGAUAGUACAUGUGGCGACGAGGACGAAAGUUGCCCCAAAGAUGUCAUUCCUGUCAUUGGAAAAGUUCGAUUGUAACGGAGAAUCCACUUCGGUGGGUGUACGAUGGGAACGCUGGAAAAGAGCAUUACUCAUAUAUUUGGAAGCGUCUAACGUUGAUAAAGACAUAAAGAAAAGGGCUUCUCUUCUACAUUUCGCUGGUUUAGAUUUGCAAGAAGUGUUUUAUAACAUUCCCGGCGCUAAUAUUGAGCCAAGCGACGGCGUCGACGUUUUUGAAAUCGCAAUAUCUAAACUUGAUUCAUACUUUGCACCAAAACAGAGCAAAAUCUAUGAGCGACAUUCAUUCAGGCUGCUCAAACAGGAACCUGAAGAAAAGUUUGAAAAGUUCCUAGUGAGACUGAGAAAACAAGCUGACAAAUGUCAGUUCGCUGAUCGAGACGAGAACAUUAUCGACCAAAUAACGGAAAAAUGUUACCUACCUGAACUGAGGAAAAAGAUACUACAGAUUGGAGAUGAAAUUACACUGGACCGAGUAAUCACGGAAGCAAACACACUAGAAAUUGUCAAUAAACAGCUAGAAGAAUUUAAAAACUCUACAAGAUCAAAUGGGAAUCAGGAAGUCAAUAAAGUUGAUAGUAAAGAUAAAAAGAGUUUUUAUAAACCAAAUAAUAUACAGCAAGGAUGCGGUAGAUGUGGUAAUCCCAGACAUGCGACAUUUGACGCAAAAUGCCCGGCAAGAGAAAAAACAUGCCUGAAGUGUGGUCUCAAGGGACAUUUCAGACAAUUCUGCAGGACUAAACUACCCCAGAAGAGGAAAACAGAAGAAAAAUAUAGCCAGGAAAGAAAGAAAGGUCGAUUCGACAAAGAGAAAAGUGAAAUAAAUCAAGUGAGUGGCUCUUCAAACGAGUUGACUCAAAAAGAGGCAGAAACCGAAUACGUUUUCCAUAUUGAUGACGAUGUCGAAAUUGAUUGCACCAUUGGAGGAGUAGACACUAAGAUGUUGAUUGACUCAGGCUGCAAGAGAAAUCUAAUUACGGAGGCAACGUGGGAAAUAAUGAAGAAGAACAAAGUUAGUUUGUUUAAUCAACAACCAAAUCCUAAUGUAACAUUCACGGCCUAUGGCAGUACUACACCACUUAAAAUAAAAGGAUCAUUUGAAGCUCGGAUACAAAUAGGUAUGAGAUCCGAGACCGCAACUUUCUAUGUCGUUACUAAUGGCACAAGAAACCUCCUAGGAAAAACAACUGCAAUGUCAUUAGGAGUGCUAAAAAUAGGAUUGAAUGCAGAAGUUAACCAAAUUAAUACUGAGAAAUUUCCCAAAUUCAAAAAUAUAUUAAUUCAAUUACCGAUUGAUGAUUCCAUUCCACCCGUGUCACAGCCUUACAGAAGGACCCCGAUACCUUUAGAAGCUAAAAUUGGAGAGAAAAUUGAAGAGCUUAAACAAAGGGAUAUUAUAGAACCAGUCGUAGGCUCUUCCAAGUGGGUAUCCCCUGUGGUGCCGGUGUUGAAGGAAAAUGGAGAAAUACGUCUUUGUGUAGACAUGCGUCGAGCUAAUGAAGCUAUUAUACGAGAAAAUCACCCAUUGCCGACAAUGGAUAAGUUACUACCGAAAAUGAAAAAUGCAAAAGUAUUUACAAAAUUGGACAUAAAAGACGCAUUUCACCAAAUUGAGAUACAUCCGGCUUCAAGACAUAUAACCACCUUCAUAACCAAUAAAGGCCUAUUUAGGUAUAAAAGACUUAUGUUUGGCAUAUCGUGUGCACCGGAAAUCUUUCAGAAAACAUUAGAGCACAUGCUUUUAGGUUGUGAAGGCGUGGUAAAUUAUAUCGAUGACAUCUUGAUAUACGGGAAGGACAUGCAGGAACAUGAUGCGCGAGUAAAGAAAGUGAUGUCAGUUCUGAAAGACUAUAAUGUAUUAGUAAAAGAAGACAAAUGUUCUUUCGGGAUGAGCAAACAACAGAACCUCUUAAAACACUACUUCGAAAUAAAAAUGGAGAGCGAACAGAUAUUACAGAUCAUUGGGGACUAG